GUAUUUUGUUAAUACUAAAUGUUUGUUUAUUUUUAUACUACUCAGUUUCUUUUGGUCCAAUACUUUUCUCUUUGAAUGCAACAUAACUUAUUAUUAACAAAUAAAGUUUACUGCAAUUAUUUAUUAUUAUUAUUUAGUUUCUAUCUGAAUAAUAUUUAUAAGAGGGGUUUCUUUCGUUCCUUUUUUCUCACUUUUUAAUUAUGAGAUCGCCUUCACCAGGUGCGCGUUCACCCUCAGAAUCGCAUACAUCGUUACCAAUAAAUGAUGAAAAAUAUACUUUUCAUUCAUCGUCAAACAUGUAUUAUACAAGAACAAAUCGUUUACAAUUAGCAUUAAAUAAAAUAAAGAAGAAAAUAUAUCGUAUACCUAUGCGAAUGAAACUAUUAACUUUCUUUACUUUAAUACUACUUAGUUUUGCAAUGAUAAAAGGAUUAAUGAUAUUUACUUCUGGUGUGUCAUCAUGGAUGAAUACCAUUCCUCCUCUUAUAAUUGAAAAACAAGAUUAUUCACCAGUAAAAUAUGUAGAAAUAGACCCAAAUGCAUCAACAGAAUUACCAGAAGGAGUUUCGAUUUAUCACGUUACUAAAGAAUUCGGAGAAGCAUCAUUAAGAGGGUUAGGACAAAUGGUAACAGGAUUAUCACGAGCUCAAUCAACAAAUACAUCAAUAAUAGUUAAUGUGGUGAUGCCAUAUUAUUCAUUUUUAAGUAAAUUAUAUCGACCACACAAAUUCGCACAAUUCGUAAUUAAAGUUCGAGAUAGAAAUGGAGUAUGGAAAGAUGUUAAAUUUUUAGUUUACAGACUCUUUUGGAAUAUAAUGAACAAUGAAGAUGUAUUAGCAAAUAAUUCAAAAGAAAAUCCAUCUCAUAUAAUCAGUGUAUUUAUGAUUGGGCCAGCAUCAAAUGUUGUACCAUUAAAUCAAGCAUUUAAAGCGCCAAACAGAGCAAAAAUUUAUAGUACCAAAUCAGAUUUACCACUCGAAUGGAUGGACUUAUAUUUUUGCAAAGCUGCCGCCGAAUUUAUUACUUAUAGAAAUAUAAUGAUUGAUACUCCAUUAUUCGCUAAAAGUGACACGAGAGGCGUUGAUAUUGUACAUAUUCAUGGUUCAUCUAAUGCACUCACAAUAGAAUUUCUUAAAAAAUUUCAUAAAAGUGGGAAACUUGGAAAGAAAAUUCCUGCUAUAAUUUAUACAAUUCAUGAUUAUUUAGAGGAACAACUUUAUUCUAAUGAUAUAAUUAACAUACAAAAAUUCAUUGAAUUUGAUAAAUUUCAACAAGAUAAACCCCAAUAUUUUUAUAAUAAUCGUAUGUAUAUGUCAGGUUACGCUAUAGAUAACUCACAAAUAGUAACAUUUGUAUCAAAAACUUUAGCAAAAGAAAUGAUUGAAGGUCCAAUGGAAUUUCCGUUUAGAGAAUUAAUUAUGCCAAAUAUAUUGAAUAAAGCAAAAUUAGGACAAUGGUUUGGGAUAACAAGCGGAAUAGAUUUUACUGCAUAUAAUCCAUUUAAUGAUACAAUGUUAGUUGAAAGUAAUGCUAAUUUUCCAAAAAAUAUUUAUAAUUUUGAUCCAGUCCUUUUGUACGCAGAAUCAAUUGAGGGAGCAUCACAAGAAUUAGUUGCAACAUCAAAACAAAGUGCAAAAGCCUAUUUAAUUAGAGAAGGUUUAUUAAAUAAAGAGGAUUUAAUUAGACCCUUAAUAUUAUAUAUUGGAAGAUUUGAGUAUAGUAAAGGAUUACAAUUCUUUAAUGUUGCAGUUGAAUUGUUUGUGAAAAUGGAUGCGAAGUUUAUUAUAAUGGGGCAAAAAAAUAAUUAUCCUUCAGAAAAGUUAAAAAGAUUAUCAGCCAAUUCACCUGAUAAUAUUAUUUAUAUAGAUGAUUUAGAAUUUCAGAAAGAUUGGGAUGUAAUAUAUAGAGCUGCUUCAGAUAUAUUAUUUAUUCCAAGCUUAACUGAAAGUUCUGGAUCAGUUGCAGCUGAAGGUUUAUUAUUUGGGAUGCCUAUCAUUAGCACAGGUGUUGGCGGUUUAAAAGAAUUCCUGGUUAAUAAAACUGAAAAUGAUAACAAAGCUGAUUAUAAUUCUUAUUUAUUUGAAUUGGUUGAUGAUCUAAUUAUUAGUUUAUCUUUUGAUAAUAUGAAAUUGGCUAUAAUAGAGGCUAUUAAUGAUUGGAAAAGAAUGAAUGCUGAUAUAAGAGAAAAAGAAAUUUUUUUAAGAAAAUUAAUUAAAGAUGCUUUUAAAUUAAGUUGGAAUCGUCCUGAAGGACCUGUUGAACAUUAUUUAAAAAUUUAUAAAAUGGCUAUGUUACAAAUUCAUGAUAAAUUAGAAGAAGAAUUAUGGUUGGAUUAUGAUAAUAAUGACUAUAUAUUUGAUGAUUAAACGUUUUGAUGAUAAUAAAAAAAAGAAAAGAAGAA